CACGUUUGUUGGAUUUGUGGCUUAUAUUUCAUCCUUGAUCCUUGCAUGCAAAUAUCGAAGCACUGUUGCCUACACUAAAACUGAACUAUACACUUCUUUGGAAAAUGGAAUGGUGCUCCAUCACUCUCUCCUCCCCUUCUUCCACUUCUCUUCUCAAUUUCCAGGGCCCUGAAUUGCGUACUGGAAAGCUUUGCAACAAGUCCUUACACCAUUUUGGGGCAUCAUCUGCACUGCCCAAUCACCUUCUUCGGAUUCGGGAGCGAAGAUUAUCUUUCAGACCAUAUAGAGCAACGAUAUCAGCUGAAGCUGGAAGACAAGGUUGGGAUUUUGGAAGAUUUAUAAAAACACUAUACUUCUUUAAUGGACCCCCAUCUCCUGCUAAGUUCUUUGACUUUCUAGUUGAGAAACUGUCCGGUCCAUCCCCAAGUGAAUCAGUUAACUCAAUGGGAACUUCUGAUAUUGUUCUGGUCGCUGGAGCUACUGGUGGUGUUGGUCGAAGAGUGGUUGACAUAUUGAGGAAGAAGGGAAUUCCAGUUCGAAUAUUGGUCAGAAACGAAGAGAAAGCACGAAGGAUGUUAGGCUCAGAUAUUGACUUGGUUGUUGGAGACAUUACAAAAGAUAGCACUUUGAAACCUGAAUACUUUAAAGGAGUGAAGAAAGUGAUCAAUGCUGCCUCUGUCAUUGUUGGCCCUAAGGAAGGAGACACUCCGGACAGAGCAAAAUAUAGCCAAGGAAUUAAAUUCUUUGAGCCAGAGAUAAAAGGUGAUUCACCAGAAAUGGUGGAGUACAUUGGGAUGAGAAAUUUGAUCAAGUCUGCGAAGAACAAUCUUGGACUUCGAAGGGGAAAACUCUUAUUCGGAUUUGAAGGUGAUAAUUAUAGGCAGCUUUCUUGGGGUGCUUUGGAUGAUGUUGUAAUGGGUGGAGUUAGUGAAAGUACUUUUCAAAUUGACCCAACUGGUGGUGAAAGUGGUGGACCAACUGGUAUUUUUAAAGGUGUUGUUUCGACAGCAAACAAUGGUGGCUUUACAAGUAUCAGAACAAAGAAUUUCUCAGAACCAGAAGAUCUCUCUGCAUAUGAUGGUUUGGAAUUCCGUCUAAAAGGUGAUGGUCGUAGAUAUAAACUCAUUGUUCGCACAAGCCGUGAUUGGGACACUGUUGGUUACACUGCAGGCUUUGACACUGUGAAAGGCGAAUGGCAAACGAUUCAAUUGCCAUUUUCUACCCUGAGGCCUGUAUUCCGAGCAAGGACUGUGUCUGAUGCCCCACCAUUUGAUCCAACCAAUGUUAUAUCACUACAGCUAAUGUUCAGCAAGUUUGAAUAUGAUGGUAAAUUAAAUGGAACUUUUGUAGAAGGUUCAUUUGAGCUCCCGGUAUCCAGCAUUCGCGCAUAUAUAAAAGAACCAAUAAAGCCAAGGUACAGCCUUAUUUGUGAUCUAAGUAAACAGCCUCCUGCUGUUCGAUUAAACAAGGAAUUGGGUAACAUCCUCACUUUUAAACUAAAGGGAGAGGAUUUAAUUCGAGAAAGUGGCAUUCCCUAUGCAAUUGUUAGGCCUUGUGCAUUAACUGAGGAGCCUGCUGGAGCAGAUCUUAUCUUUGAUCAAGGAGAUAAUAUUACGGGAAAAAUAUCAAGGGAAGAAGUUGCUCUUAUUUGUAUAGCUGCACUUGAAAGCUCUUAUGCUCUUGACAAAACAUUUGAGGUGAAAAGUGUUGUUCCAUUUAGCGAGCCAUUUACCGUGGAUCCAGCCAACCCACCUCCAGAAAAGGACUAUGAAAAAUAUUUUAAAGAUUUGAAAGAAGGCAUCACUGGGAAGGAAGCCCUCCAACAAGAAAAUCCUGUUCCUGUUUAAUCACUUUAAUGUGCCUGCAAACACUUGCAGCUUUGUAUAUUUUUUAAGUCAGUCUUUUUGUAGUUGCACCUAAUAGUCUUCUUAAUCAAAGAAAUAAAAUGUAGUUGAACAAAGCUGCUCUUCACAUCAA